AUGUCAGGUAAUGUAUACGGGAAGCCUCCGGCUUACGAUAAUGGACAGCAAUAUUACAGUGGGACACAGUAUCAGGGACAAAAUCAGCCUUACCAAGGUCAGCAGUUUUAUCCGCAACAAAAGCCCUCAGCUGUACCACAACAGUAUCAGUUUCAUCAAAAUCCGCAUUACAACCUGAAUCACGAUGGACCCGGAGCCCCUAUAGGGAAUAGCUUUGAGGAGAAGUUCCCUACUGAGAAUAAUAACAAGAGGAAGUUUAAUGACUGGCCGUUUACUAUUCUAUUUUUAUUAACGGUAGGGGCAUUUACUGCUUUGGCAGUUAUUACACUUCGAGCUUGGAGCGACAACUCAUCUCAAGUAGGCUCUGGUGUCUACGAUGGAGACGAUACUGGUACACUGAACGCCAACUCUGCCAUUUUAUUGGUAGUUACUGUUGGUAGUGCAUUAGUACUUUCGGUCGUCGGUUUUAUCUUAGCAAGCAUGUACCCCAAAAUGUUCAUCUAUCUUGGUAUGAUUGUGAACGUUGUAACGGGGCUUGCGGCUGCUAUUAUCUAUUUCUCGAUGAGAUACUGGUCAGGAGGUAUCGUGUUCCUGAUAUUCACUCUGUUGGUUGCAUGGUGCUUCUACUCGAUGCGCUCUAGGAUUCCUUUAAGUGUUGCGAUUAUGAAGACUGUUAUGAGCGUCAUAAGGCGGUACCCACAGACCUGGAUUGUUUCCCUGAUAGGGACAAUCGUAGCUGGUUGUUUUUCUGUGAUCUUCUCAGCUGUUGUAGUUGCUACUUACAUCAAAUAUGACCCAAAGCCAGGUAACGGUGGAUGUGAUUCAGCGGGUGGAUCUUGUUCUCAAGGGAAAUUAGUUGGUAUGUUAAUUCUUGUGUUCUUCUGUGGGUACUACAUUUCAGAGGUAAUCAGAAACGUUAUUCACUGUACCGUAGCUGGUAUCUAUGGUUGCUGGUACUACUUCGGCAAAUCAGACCAAGGUAUGCCUCGCUGGCCAGCUUUUGGCUCUUUAAAGAGAUCUUUGACUACAUCAUUUGGGUCCAUUUGCUUCGGUUCAUUAAUUGUGUCUCUGAUCCAAGUUCUAAGGCAGAUUAUUAAUGCGUUCAGAUACGGGGCUAUCUCUGGUAUAGGAGACAACGAGUGCGUUGGCUGUCUAUUUAUAAUUGUUGAUAUGAUUGUUGGAAUGUUCGAGUGGAUGGUCAGAUACUUCAACCAUUAUGCGUAUGCGUUCAUUGCGUUAUACGGUAAGCCUUACUUACGUGCUGCUAGAGAAACCUGGCACUUAAUUAGAGAAAAGGGUUUGGACGCCUUGGUCAACGACAACUUGAUCAAUCUGGCCCUCGGCUUCUACACUCUCUUUGUGGGGUACAUCUCUGCACUAAUUUCAUACCUGUACUUGAGAUAUACUAAACCAGCCUACAAUGAUGAUGGAAACUUCAACGUGCCACUGAUGGCUUUCUCGUUGCUCAUUGCACUACAAAUUGUUAACAUUGCUACAGAGACCAUAAGGUCAGGCACUGCUACAUUCUUUGUGGCCUUGGGUAACGAUCCUGAAGUGUUCCAUGUGUCUCAUCCACAGAGGUUCGACGAAAUCUUCAGAGCCUACCCAGAUGUGCUCCAGAAACUCAACUAUCAGCAUGUUUGA